GUGUUUAGUAAGAAAAACAGAGGAAGAAAAAUUAAAGACUAACAAAGCUUCUUAAUUGCAUCAAUGGCGAAUCAUGGUCAAGCCAGUUUCUGGGCUCAGGCAAAUGCGUUACUCAGAAAGAACUUAACCUACCAGAGGAAACACAUAUGGACAAAUGUUAGGCUCGUCUUGGUUCCACUCUUCCUUUGCUUAUUCCUCCUGUCGAUUCAACUAUUGCUCGAUGCUGUGAUAAAAAAACUCCCAGAUACGACUAAGUGUGGAAGUGAAGUUGAUUUUCCCGGCGGUGAUUGUCCCAUCCCAAACCCUGCACUGUUGCCUCCGAUGUUACAGAUCCCAGAACCUGAAUCACGUGCUGUUAAAGCUGAUUUCUUCCCCUACGGAGACCUUCCUGACAAGUCUUGUAGAAAAACAGGAACUUGUCCUGUAACUAUACUUCUUACUGGGAAUAACCAUUCCCUUGGUAAAGCUUUAUCCGCGAAUAUGUUCGGCGGUUCUUUCGCUGUGAAUACCUCCAACCUCUUGCCUAGCUUAGCCGAUAAUGUCUUGGGUUCAACAGUAGCAGCGGGGGAAAACAAUUAUGCAGAUCCAGCAAUUGAGUCGGAUUCUCCCAUCUACAAUAUCCAACCUCAAUGUAGUCCAAACUCUACGUGGCCACUCUCACUCGGUAAAAUCAAGACAGAGGUGAAGUGUGUUCAAGGAUUGUGUCUAUGGAGAAAUACCUCUGUAGAGGUCAAUGAUGAGCUUUUCAAGGGUAGUUGGAAGGGAAAUCCUGAGCGGAUGACAAAUGAGAUUGCUGCAGCAUACGAUCUCUUGAGUACAGAUAGAAACAACCUAGAUGUCACCAUCUGGUAUAACUCGACAUACAAUGACGGUUAUUCAAAUGGGCCUUUGGUCCGAGUUCCUCGCUUGAUCAGUCUGGUAUCAAAUGCUUAUCUUAAGUUUCUGAAAGGCCCCGGGACAAGGAUAUUAUUCGAGUUUGUCAAAGAAGUUCCUAAACACGCAGAUCCAAAAUACAUUCCAGAUAUUGCGUCCAUGCUUGGCCCGCUUUUUUUCACUUGGGUUGUUCUUCUUCUAUUCCCCGUGAUCUUGACAUCACUGGUAUAUGAGAAACAAGAGCGUCUAAGGAUUAUAAUGAAAAUGCACGGCCUAGGCGAUGGUCCAUAUUGGAUGAUUUCCUAUGCCUAUUUUCUUACCAUAUCUUUGUUGUACGUUGUUUCAUUGGUGAUUUUUGGGUCAGCGAUUGGACUCAAGUACUUCCGGGUCAAUGACUAUAGCAUCCAGUUCGUUUUCUACUUUAUCUACUUGAAUCUGCAAAUCUCUGUCGCCUUUUUAGUCUCUUCAAUAUUCUCAAAGGUUAAGACUGUUACAGUUGUUGCUUACAUUUUGGUGUUUGGAAAUGGGCUCUUGGGAAACUUUCUAUUCCAAGAGCUGCUUGAAUCUCCCUCAUUCCCUGAAAAAGGGAUUAUUGCCUUGGAGUUGUAUCCAGGCUUCUCCUUAUACCGUGGAUUGUAUGAGUUCUCGCAAUCUUCCUUCCGUGGAAGUGGGAUGAAGUGGGAGGAUCUCAGCGAAAGUGGAAUGGAUAAACUGUUCUGCAUCAUGUCAGUGGAGUGGUUUGUGAUUCUCAUUGUGGCCUACUACAUCGAUCAGGUUUCCUCAUCUGGGAAAAGCCUCUUUUUUUUCUUGAAGAACCCUUUCAAGUUAUCUUCUUCCCCACCAGGCCCUAGUGUGCAGAGGCAAAGCUCUGAGAACGUCCUCAUUAACAUGGAGAAGACAGAUGUCGCUCAGGAGAGGGAGAAAGUUGAGCAACUGAGGAAUGAAGGUAGCGUAGGGCACGCAAUCUUGUGUGACAACCUGAAGAAAGUGUAUCCAGGUAGAGAUGGUAACCCUCCAAAAAUAGCAGUAAGAGGGUUAUAUCUUGACGUACCUUCAGGGGAAUGCUUUGGCAUGCUUGGACCCAAUGGUGCCGGCAAAACAUCUUUCAUCAAUAUGAUGACUGGGCUACUGAAACCGACAUCUGGAACUGCGUUGGUUCAAGGUUUUGACGUAUGCAAGGAUAUGAACAAAGUGUACACGAGCAUGGGCGUUUGCCCACAGCACGACUUGCUCUGGGAGACGCUAACAGGAAGGGAACAUCUGCUCUUUUACGGGAGACUAAAGAAUAUCAAGGGCUCUGCUCUAAAACAAGCUGUGGAAGAAUCUCUCAAAAGCGUCAGCCUCUUCGAUGGAGGAGUUGCCGAUAAACCUGCUGGGAAAUACAGUGGAGGUAUGAAAAGGCGACUUAGUGUGGCUAUUUCGCUUAUCGGGAACCCAAAGGUGGUUUACAUGGAUGAGCCUAGCACUGGACUUGAUCCAGCCUCAAGAAAGAACUUAUGGACCGUGAUCCAGCGUGCAAAACAAAACACAGCUAUAAUCCUCACAACUCACUCAAUGGAAGAAGCAGAGUUUCUUUGCGACCGAUUGGGGAUUUUUGUAGACGGAGGCUUGAAAUGCAUAGGAAACCCGAAAGAGCUCAAAGGAAGGUACGGUGGAUCGUAUGUGUUCACGAUGACGACCUCGUCAGAACACGAGGACGAUGUAGAGAGAAUGGUUAAACAUAUUUCACCAAACGCCAAGAAAGUAUAUCAUCUAGCAGGAACACAGAAAUUCGAGAUCCCUAAGCAAGAAGUCAUGAUUGCGGAUUUGUUUUUAAUGGUAGAGAAGGCCAAAAGCAAAUUCGACGUUUUUGCUUGGGGACUCGCCGACACGACUCUCGAAGACGUCUUCUUCAAGGUUGCUACAACUGCUCAAGCCUUCAAUUCCUUGUCUUAAUAUUCGUAUGAUUCACCCUCUAGGGUAUCGUUAUUUUUAUGAGUCAUAUUAGGAUUUUUUUUUGUUGGGUAUCAAAUCCAAUAAUGCCUUGAGAGUCACGUUAACUACACC